GCUGAUAGUAGUAUAUUACAAGACUUUCCAAGAGUAUUCACGCUUUGAAAUUAAUGUGUUUGGAAGAUUUUAACUUUCUACGAUUCCCCUGUGACGCCAGUUCUUCGACUGCGACACUUCAAAGGAUACCGCCACAUCAAAGUAGCGUCUUAAAAGUUUUAUCGAGCUGAAUCUUUUAAAAUUAUUAAUUAUUCUUUAAUUCUCGUGAAUUAACAGAUUAAUGCAAUGUACAGUUGAAAAGUUAGAUGUGAGCGUAUAAUAAAUUUUUGUUAAAGUGAAAUGUUCUGUUAGUUUCAAAGAUAUUAAGUGACAAUUCACGUUUCUAAUACAAUACUUUAGAAGUUUUUAUAUUUUAUGUAUCUCAAUGAUAUUUCAAAUUUUUAACUGUAUUGCACAAACAAUGCAACGCUGGUGUUUAGUGAUGAUCCGCAUGUAUCUGGAAUUACGCUUCUGGGAGUUCCCACUGAAGUAUACAAGUUUGGUUCAGAAUACUUCCUCGUUGUGUUCACCAUUAUGCUCACUUGUGUUGCUGCAGCUUACAUAUGCUUACCAGUCUUUUACAAACUACAACUUCUAAGUACAUAUGAAUAUCUAGAGAUUCGAUUUUCACGUCAAAUAAGAACGCUUGCCUCGACAUUGUACAUCAUAUCUUUGCUAAUGUACAUACCGAUAGUCAUUUACGUACCAGCCCUUGCCUUAUCACAGGUUACCGGAUACAGUCUCUACAUCAUCACACCUCUACUGUGUUGUAUUUGCAUAAUUUAUACGAGUCUGGGUGGAGUGAAAGCUGUAAUAUGGACUGACACGAUUCAGUUUGCGUUUACAAUGGGAGGACUUCUCGUAGUUUGUUUCAUCGGAGUUUAUACAGUGGGAGGAUUUUCGGAUGUAUGGAGUAUUGCUAAAGAAACAAAUCGCACAGAAAUAUUCAAUAUGAGCCUCAGUCCUUACGUGAGAAAGUCAUUCUGGGGAAUGACAAUCAGUUAUACAACAUUAUUUCUCACGCACUUUGGAGUCAGUCAAAAUUGUAUGCAGCGAUAUUUAUCUAUUCCGAGUUUGAAGGACGCAAAAAAGGCUAUAUUUUUACUAGCUGUCGGGAUGAUUAUCAUGAAAGUUGUGUGCGGAUUUACCGGACUUGCUAUGUAUGCCCAUUAUAAAGAUUGUGAUCCAAUUCGUGCUAAGAUUGUAAAGCGAAGUGACCAAAUAGUUCCUUACUACGUUAUGGAUAUAGCCGGUCAUUUAUCAGGUCUCACUGGAGUUUAUCUUGCCGGGUUAGCGAGUUGUGCUCUUUCAACGAUGAGUGCUUCUCUAAAUACACUAGCCGGGACGAUUUACGACGAUUUCAUUGAUAACAGAUUACCCUCUAAUACAAAUAAAGAAGCCAGAGCUACAACUAUCAUGAAGGUAAUCUCAGUAAUAAUAGGUCUGAUUGGAAUGGCAAUGACCUUUUUAGUGCAACACCUGGGCACGGUAUUUGAACUUUCCAUAAGCAUAAGAAGCGUUGUCGAAGGUCCACUACUUGGUCUUUUCGUGUUGGGUAUGAUAUUCCCAUGGGUAGGCCGUAUUGGUGCUCUUGCUGGUAGCAUAUUUUCACUAAUAACGAUGCACAUGCUCGUCAUUGGAAAUCAAUGGAAUAUAUAUAAUAACCGUAUCAUAUAUACACCUCGUCCAACUUCCAUUGAAGGCUGCUCAUUUCCCCUAAAUGAAACGCUUAAAAUUUUAAUGAGCAAUUCAACUACAAUGACAAAUCAAAAUCAAGAUGAACCAUUUUUUUUAUUUCGAAUAUCUAUGCUACACUUUAAUUUUAUUGGCACCCUCGUCUCAGUUGUUACAGCUCUUGUUACGAGUUUCAUCAUUAAAGAAACCGAUAUAUCCAAAAUAGAUCCAGAUCAUGUCAUCCCGUGCAUCAGAAGAGUCCUUCCAAGUAAAACAUAUGUUGGAGUGCCACUGAAAGAACUUUCCGGCAACAAAGUUAACGGAAAUGAGCUGUGCGAAAAUUCCCAGAACAACAAAUCAUCGAAAAAAUUAUUUACUUCUAGUUAAAAUUUAUAUUACUGGGAUGAAAUUGUAAAUAAUAAUAUUUUAUAAGUAAAUUGGAUUUUAAGAAAUAGCGUAUGUUGGUUAUAACAAAUGACGUAUUAUCAUAAAUUAAUUUAAUUUAAGCAUUUGCAUAGAAAUAGAUGUAACGAU